AUGUUCGUGUUCCCAGCAUUCGACAGCAACUACAAAACAAGAAAACGAACCUUCCGCUGCUGCAAAAAGUGUCGGACUAAGCGAAUCCGCUGCAUCAUCCUGAAUUCUGACUAUGAUGUCUAUGGCUGCGAUAACUGUCGCCUGCGGGGCCUAACUUGUGAUUUGGCCAAACCUUCCAAGGUUAAGAUGGAACAAAUGGAGCCGGACUUUGCCUUGCCGGUGGUCCUUGCUGAGGGAAGCGAUGCCGCUGGUAGUGUUGACUCAGACCCACACUCCGGAGUUCCUUCUGUUACCAGCCGUCCUGCUAGUGGUCCUUCAAGUCAUGCUGGCUCGACUAUUAGUCAUGUCAGUCGUCCUGGCUCGACUACUAGCAAUCCUGGUCGAGCUGGCCAUAUUGUAAAUAAUGGCCACAAUGGUAAUAAUGGUCACGCUACUAAUAAUGGCUCUGUUGGUUCUGCCAGUCGAGCCGGCAGCUUUUCUGGGGACCCGCCACCUGCUCUUACAGCAACUCAUGGCCAGCAUCAUCAUCCAGUGCUGACCCACCAUGAAGCCAGCCAUACCCACUACACCCACGAAGCUUCUAAAUACCACAUGCACUCACAUUCAGAUAUUCAGAGCCAGAUCGAGGCCCUGGUAGACAGUGACGUUCGUGGCCAGACGUUGCUAUCGUCUUUGGCCGAAGUGGCCGAACGUCUGUCGAAAGAGCCAUUCAUCCUGGAACUGAUGGAGAAUAUGGGUAUGGGAAAUAUCGUUGGAAAUACUAUGCCAGGAUCCGUUCAAGGCUCUAUUCCUCCAUCCAUUCCUGCUUCUAUUCCUCCCUCUAUUUCUGAGUCCAUUCCUAGUUCGCUUCCACCAUCUAUCCCAGGUUCACUUUCUGGAUCUAUGCCUACUGACCACAUGGGUCAUGACCCUUACAAUUUAGGCAACACACCCACCAAAAACACCGCCAAUAAUACGUUGCGCAAGCAUACGUUGUCGGAAGGUUCUGGACACUCCGGAGUCGACAAUAAUUCCACUAGGGACUCACUAGGCUCCAGUGACUCAUGGCAGUUCACGCCUCCGUUCCCUCCAACCGUCCCUGGGGCCCCGUACGUUGCAUCCAUCGAGAGCAUAGAUACCAUUAUUCACCGCAUCGAUUGGAAGUAUCUCAAAAAGCAUUAUGACUUUAAUACCACCAUGAGACAGCCUCGCUUCUACUUUUCCAAGACCGUCAGUCGCAAGGAAAAUUCCCCGCAGCAAGUUGAGACGGUCACCGAGGUGUUGUCGAAGAAGCACUAUAUCAAAACCAAGAAGCUCUCGCCUCGCAACGCUCCACAUUUCAAGUUCCUCCUUUCCAUGCAUGCAUUCACCUUGAACACACCAGGGUUCUAUGAGAUCUCGGAGACUGAUUUGUUGCAGUUGUUUGAAAUUUAUUUCUACAAAAUUAAUUCGGUUUUUCCCAUUGUUUUCGAGCAGGAGUUCUGGGAGUUGUACAAGCGCAACAAGAUUCCAACCAUCAUCAUAUAUGCUAUUGUACUAAUUACUGCGCGAGACGAGUUGGCGGAACCAAUUUUGGCUAGAUCUUUUGUCAAUAACGGUGCUUCAUUCAGAGCAAAUCAGAUACGGUUUUUGACUGACCUCGAAAUGAAAAUCAGACAGGUUCUUAUGUUCUUGCCUGAAUUAGGAGACACAGAAAAACUUGCAAGGUUGAUAACCCAGCUUCUCCUCUCGUUAAACUUUAACUUCAACAAAUUCGGCAAUGAGCAGAGCAGUCACGAUCUCGCGGAAUGCAUCAGUUACGCUUAUUCUUUGCUUAUUCACCAGGAGUUCUUCCAUGUUCGUAUUGCCAAAGAAGGUGCGCAGAAGAAGUCCAUUUAUCUCAAACAUUUAUGGUGGGUAAUUUUCACAUUUGACAGAUUUAACGGCCUCAUGAAUGGAAAAGCGAUGUUCAUUAAGCGUCUUGACUUCAACAUCAGUCGUCCGACAGACUUGCCGCACCUAGACAAGUUGGUUGGCCUUGCGUACUCUCUUGAAGACACCUUAAUUGCUGUGUUCCGUCCCCCUCGGCGAAUUGGAAACACUGAAGUCAUCGCAAAGAUGGACACCUUGGAAGGAGAUCCUGAGUUCCGUCCAGGCCAAUUCAUUGAGCAGGGUAUGGAGGUCGUGAAGGAUCUGGAGGAACUCAAAGCCCAGUUUAGUAAAUAUCGACAAUUUGAAACUGCGCAGAAAGGCCAUCUUCCUGGAAUUCCCGUGGAAGAAUACAGAGAUCGAAUGGUACUUUUUCUUUCAAGAAUCUUGAAUAAUCAAAUUGUGUUGAUCUUGCGUACUGGUCAGGUCAAGUACUCCAAUGAUACACCGGACAUGGACGAGUUCAGUCUCAAUCUAAGCGAAUCGUUUUUAUCAUUACUAGAUAUGUUGAGAGAUGGAAGAGGAUCUCAGUUGAUGAUGGAGACGCCACUUAUUCCGCUGAUUGCAUUGGUUGCAUUCUCGGUUCCACUCACCACUAGAUUGCGAAUCAUUUCGAAAUUGAAGAGCAUCGAGAACAUGGCGAUCGAUAUUAAAAAGUUGCAGAAAGUCGGCGAGCUUUCUCUGAUUUACUUACGAGAAUUAAAGAAAUUCGCAGAGAAAUGGUGGUUUGUCAAUGAGGUGGUUGCAUCCAUUAAUAAUCUCAACCUGAAGGUGAAUAACAUCGACAAAGUGGUUACACAACAGGCUAAGAGAAAGAAUUCCGAAGUCGACGAGCCUAAGGUAAAGAGAGAACGUCUUUCUAUCCAUUCGUUGGUCACAGGGGCAACCGAUGUCGAGACUGUAUUGCCUCCUCUGCUUUCCAUCACAUCUCCAGGAUUCUACGACGAAGUCAUCACCAAGAAUGAGUCAGAUGACGAUGAUGAGGUGAGCUCCGACGAGCUUUUGGAAGGAAACGAUCAUCUGGAUAGUUUGGUGAACAUGAAAGUUUUGGUUCCACCAAUGAUUGGCAACUAUUCCAUGCCAGCCUUUGCUACUGCUGAAGAUCUAGCAUACCGAGCACAGGAAAUCCGAAACAUGGCAUCUACUGGAGAUAUCAUGAAUGAUGCUGCUGUGCCAGGCCCAUACUUCAGUAGCCGAGACUCGAUUACCAGUGACGAUAUUCAUUUCGAUAUUGACCAUUUGGCAGAGUUGGUGAACAACGAGACCAGCUUUGUCCCUAGCAUCAUGGAUUUUUUCAAUGAGCACGAACUCUCGAUAUGA